UGAGAAUGUAUUUAACAACAGUCUUCUCUAGAACUUUCAAUGCUGGUGUAUGUAUUGAACAACCCUGUAAAACUGUAGCGCCAUUUCCACUUUUAUUUAAUUCGAAAGUUACUACAAAGGGCCAAAUAGAUACUAGAGAUAGAGAACCAGCAACAGUUGUUGAAAGCAUACCAGUGAUGACAUCAAUGCAGUCAUCAUCCUGCCUUGGAGACUUACUUAGAACUUUACACAAAGAAGGUAGCAAACUUGACAUGAAGAAGUUCCAUCACUAUUUAGAUAGCGGUCUAGAACUAGAUGACUAUAAAGAAUCAUUAGAUAAGUUAAAAGAACUUGCAGAGUGUUAUGAUAUUGCUUAAAUCAUCAAUAAUAUCAUUGUGUAAUCUUUGCCUUUGGUGUAAAAUUAAAAGUUCAUUGGCUAUAUCUCUUGCAUAUUUUAAGCUGCCAUCCAGGAUAUCUGUCAAUGCUGCGUUCCUGUGACAUCAUUAUCAUUCAAAAUGACAGCUGGUUUGGUUGUGUAGUCACCAUGUCAACAUUAAGAAUCAAUUUGUUAUUGACAGAUGACUUUAGAUCAACGCAGUAAGAAUGAUAUGAACAGAAUUGUUUUAUCCAUUUACAUCAAGAAAAAGUUUUUGUCAGUAGAGGAAAGAAGUAUUGUUAUGAGGUGACAAUUGUCAUAAAUAGAAGCAACUGUAUAACCAGCUCAAUUGUUUAUUGGUCACUACCAAUAUGUGGUGCACCUCACUAAGGCUGGGCUGGUUUGUGUGGAGCAAAGAAAGAACAUUUUGUUCAUCAAUAUUGCUAUUAAACGAUAAAAAAAUUGUAUUUCUAAGGAUGCAAUAAAAAUGUUAUUGCUA